UUUAAUUAUCUUAGAAAGACCUUGCAAAUUGUUCAAACUUCUAACAAGUGAAGAAAGAUACAAAUGGGUUGGUUCUUGGCACAAUAUAUAUGGGCAUUUCUUGCUGGAAGCUUGUUCUUUAAUGGUUUAUCUUAUUCUUAUAAAGCUCCAAUGUACACAUUUAUCAAAGAAGCAACAUUUGCUCCUCCAAUCUUAAGAUAUGACUAUAUAGUAAUAGGUGGAGGAUCAUGUGGUUGUCCACUAGCAGCAACACUUUCACAUGGUGGAGAAGUUUUAGUCCUUGAAAGAGGAGGUUCACCAUAUACAAAUCCAGAACAAAUCAAGAUAAAUAAGUUUGUUCAUGCUCUUGUUAACACAAGCCUUUCAUCAUUUUCCCAACAAUUCAUAUCAACCGACGGUGUCCUCAAUGCUCGUGCUCGCGUCUUAGGCGGUGGUUCUGUCUUGAAUGCUGGAUUCUACUCAAGGGCUAGCAAUAGGUACAUAAGUGAAACUGGUUGGAAUGAAACUUUGGCUGAGAGUGCAUAUGAAUGGGUUGAAAAUAAAGUUGCUUUUGAGCCUCCAAUAAUGCAAUGGCAAUCAGCAGUGAGGGAUGGUUUACUUGAAGCAGGGGUUUUGCCUUACAAUGGUUUUACUUUUGAUCAUUUAUAUGGGACUAAGGUUGGAGGGUCAAUUUUUGAUAAGGAGGGUCAUAGACACACUGCAGCUGAUUUGUUAGAGUAUGCUUAUCCAACAAGAAUUUCUGUUUAUUUGCAUGCCACAGUGCAGAAGAUACUGUUUAAGUAUAACGCAGAAAAAAAUAGGCCACAAGCUUAUGGAGUGAUAUUCAAAGAUGCAUUGGGAAUCAUACAUAGAGCAUACAUAAGCUCCAAUGUGAAGAAUGAAAUAAUAGUAUCAGCUGGUGCAAUUGGAAGUCCACAGUUACUGAUGCUGAGUGGUAUUGGUCCAGCUAAACAUCUUAAGGCACAUGGAAUCAAAGUAGUUUUGGAUCAGCCUUUGGUUGGUCAAGGAAUGGCAGAUAAUCCAAUGAAUAUUCUAUUUGUUCCUUCUCCUUUACCUGUUGAACUUUCUCUCGUUCAAACAGUUGGAAUCACUAAGAAUGGCAGCUUCAUUGAAGCAGUUAGUGGAUUAAACCUUGGUCUUUCUUGGUUUGACAGGCUUAGAGGGAUUUUUGAAUUGGUGUCAAACCAGAGUGGCCUACCGCACAAGUUCGCACCAGAAACCAUGAAAAGUUUUGCAAACAUAAUUCGAUCAUUAGACAAUUCAACUCUCAAAGGAGGAGUCAUACUAGAAAAGAUAAGAGGACCAAGAUCAACAGGUCACUUAGAACUCCUAACAACUAAUCCCAAUGAUAAUCCAUCAGUUACAUUUAACUAUUUCAAAGAUCCAGAAGACUUGAGAAUGUGUGUGGAAGGCAUGAAAACCAUCAUAAAUGUGAUAAACUCAAAAGCAUUCUCAAGAUUCCGGUAUCCCAACAUGUCUGUACAAGCUCUAAUAGAUUGGAUGUUAUACGUGCCAGUGAAUUUUAGGCCAAAACAUCGCAAUGCUUCAUUUUCUUUGGAACAAUAUUGCAUUGACACUGUCUUAACAAUUUGGCAUUAUCAUGGAGGUUGCCAAUAUGGUAAAGUUGUUGAUCAUAAUUAUAAAGUCAUUGGUGUCGAAGCUCUUAGAGUAAUUGAUGGAUCGACUUUUUAUCGCUCACCAGGGACUAACCCUCAAGCUACUGUAAUGAUGCUUGGAAGGUACAUGGGACAAAAGAUUAUAAAGAAAAGACUCUCUCAGGAGGAAGUGAAGUGAUCAAUUGAAUUCAUAUUUUUCCAUAGUUGUUGUGUGUAAUAGUUGAGUGAUUACCAGACAUUUUCUUCUGCAUAUUG